AUGCCUUCUCUGCCCUCACUUGUCCUCCUGCUGCUGAUGCUGCUUGUGCCGGGAGCUGCGGUGAUGCAAAGCAGGGCUGGGCAGCCUGGGGAAGGCAGCACCUACCAUGCCCAGGGUGCAGAUGGAGGAAGGACUCUGCUGACGGUUUCCCAGGAAAGUCAAGAAGUCCAGGUGAUGAAGGAAAGGGUGCGCCGGGGGACGGAGGAGGACUCCAAGUCGGUGCAGCAGUAUGUGCCAGGGGUGCAGGUGGAGUUCCCGCGGCCCCUCAACUCUGCCAGCCUGCACCCAACCAAAGCCCUGCUGCCAUCAAGCACGGACCCAUCUGAGCAGCAGCAAGGGGUCCCCACAGACAGGGAGGCAGCAGAGCCCCGAGCCAACCUCACUACCAUGUCCGACAAACGGUUGCAAAUCCAGAACCCCUUGUACCCGGUGACAGAGAACUCCUACAGUGCCUAUGCUGUGAUGUUCCUGUCCCUCAUCGUCUUCGCAGUGGGCAUCAUUGGAAACCUCUCCGUGAUGUGCAUUGUGUGGCACAACUACUACAUGAAGAGUGCCUGGAACUCCAUCCUGGCCAGCCUGGCUUUCUGGGACUUCCUCAUCCUCUUCUUCUGCCUGCCUGUGGUCAUCUUCAACGAGAUCACCAAGAAGAGGCUGCUAGGGGACGUGUCCUGUCGCAUCGUGCCCUUCAUGGAGGUGUCAUCUCUGGGAGUCACCACCUUCAGUCUCUGCGCUCUGGGCAUUGACAGGUUCCACGCAGCCACCAGCCCCCAGGCCAGCGCCCGGCCCAUUGAGCAGUGCCAGUCCAUCAUCGCCAAGCUGGCCGUCAUAUGGGUGGGUUCCAUGACGCUGUCGGUGCCAGAGAUCCUGCUGUGGCAGCUGGCGCAGGACACAUCGCCCGUGUCCGGUGUGGUGACAGAGUAUUGCACCAUGAAGCCCUCAUCCAACCUGCCUGAGUCUGUCUACUCACUGGUUCUCACCUACCAAAAUGCUCGGAUGUGGUGGUACUUCGGUUGCUACUUCUGCUUGCCCAUCCUCUUCACCGUGAGCUGCCAGCUGGUGACCCGGAGGAUCAGCAGCACCGAGAAGAAGACUGAGUGCCGAGGGACAAAGCACAGCCAGUGUGAGAGUCACUUGAACUGCACCAUCAUCGGGCUGACCAUCAUCUACGGGCUCUGCACCACCCCUGAGAAUGUCUGCAACAUUGUGGUGGCUUACAUGUCCCCUGACAUGUCCAAGCAGACCUUGGACCUGCUCAACCUCAUCAACCAGUUCUUCCUAUUCUUCAAGUGCUCAGUGACGCCCGUCCUGCUCCUGUGCCUCUGCAGACCCCUGGGCCAGGCCUUCAUGGACUGCUGCUGCUGCUGCUGCCAGGGCUGCAGCCCUGACACUGCCUCCAGCGAGGGCAGUGCCGACAGCAAGCUCAAAACAGAGAUGUCCUCCUCCAUCUUCUUUGACAAGCCCCGGGAGUCCCCUCCACCCCUCCUGGCCCUCGGCACGCCUUGCUAAGUGCCAGCAGGGAGCUGUAGAGAUCGAUCCACCACCUCCUCCCAAGACCAAACAUUGUUCUGCCAUUAGUGCCUGUGUCUGGACGUGGAGCAAGCAGAAGAGACAGCUCAGGGGGUUGCGCCAUGGGCUUCAAACCCCACGUUGGGCAAGUGGGGCUUGAAACCCCAGUCCCCAUGGCUACACUGGCGGCCUUCUUGCCUCUGCCCAAAGGCCAGCAAGGACAUCAGCACCCUCCCGUCCUGGCUGCCUGGCCAGGCUCAGCGGGGCUGCUGCUCUGGAGAUGGAGUUGUGCCAGAAAUGUCCCAUCUGAAACUAUGGAGCGUUUCCAUGGUGGCUUGCAGAGGACAUAGCAAACACAAACUGCCCUCAUCCUGUCCCGUUCCCUCCUGCCAGCCCCCUCCACAGUAGGAGAAGGUCCCAGUGACUAUAUCCCAUCGGAUCCAAGCAGUGCCCUGUAAGAGCUCAAUAAACCAGUAACCUAGAGCACA